AUUUUGUUGCCUAUUCAGUAUAUAUCACCAUUGAAGGUGACCUGAAAGCAAGAAGUCUUACCAUAGAAAUUAAAAACUAGAAAUUCAUGACUGAACUUACCAUGCAACAUCUUUAUGUGUAGUUAAUACAAGCAACACUGAUAAAAUGUUUCAACGGGGGGAAAAGCUUACAGGGCAGAUAAGCUGAACUCGCCAUUCAACAUAUUGCACACAUUAACAUGGACAGAUUAGCUUCAAACUUGGACUUGAAAUAGAAAAAUCGGAGAUAUGCUAUAAAUUCUUUAUGUAAUAGAGACAAAGAAACAGAGAAUGCCUUUUGCUCUUACAACAAUUCCUAUCAUCCAACCAACAUCAGUUGUGUCCCUAAAAACAACGAAAAACAAAAACACACAUACAACUUAAUUAUAAGUAGAAAUCCUACAUUACGUGGAUAGCUGUGGACAAUGUCCACUGCCUCCCGAUUGCUUAGGUGCUCCCACAGGCCAUCUGAUGCAAAUAUAAGAAAUUGAUCUUCAGAGCACAGUUCCUGCACCAAUAUUGUUGGCUCCGCUUUAAGGAUUGGCUUAUCGAAGGGCUCUGGCACUCUAAACUUAGGUAAAAGAGUCUCUCUGUUGAACUCUGCCUUCUUUAGAUAGGCAUCACCAAUGGAUCUUGAAAUCUGCAAUUCAUAGCAAAGGUUUAUCUAUAGAGUGCCUCUUGUGCAUUUAAUCAUGACACCAGUUAAAAAAAAUUCAUACUUAUUGUAAUGCCGAAAUCAUUUCCACCAAUAACACAUCAAUAGAAAAAGUAAGAAAAAAGGUAUUCAUCUUUUCAGUUGUCAUGAACUAUACUUGACUUUGUCAGCAUGCAUUAUUGGUCCACAUAUAACAAAUAUCCCAACUAGGUUACCUCUCAAGAAACCCAGAGUUAGAAAUUGUAUAUUUGCAACAAUGGCCACCAGUGUUGUUCAAGAGGUUUUGCCUCUAGCUCAGACCCUCCUUCAAUCUUUGAUGGUGAAACAAGGUUGUAUAUAUCAUACACGUGUCCAUAUGCCCAGCGUGUGUGGAUUACCCGGAACUGUAAGUUUCAUACUCGCCUUCACUGCACCAACUUCAGAAAUACUCACUUGUUUCAAUGAGAAAAGGCAGCCGCAGAGGGAGAGUAUCAGCAGCAAUGGCAACUGGAUUUCAAGGUCCAUUGGUGAUGCCUAUCUGAAGAAGGCAGAGUUUAACAGAGAGCCUCUUUUUCCUAAGUUCAGAGUGCCAGAGCCCUACGAUAAGCCAAUCCUUAUAGCGGAGCUGACGAUAUUGGUGCAGGAACUGUGCUCUGAAGAUCAAUUUCUUAUAUUUGCAUCGAUAACCUAUGGGAGCACCUAAGCAACCAGGAGGCAGUGGACAUUGUCCACAACCAUCCACCCAACGUAGGAUUUCUAUUUAUAGUUUUAAGUUAUAUGUGUGUUUUUGUUGGUUAUUGUUAAUAAGGAUAAAAGUGAUGUUGGGUUGGAUGAUAGGAAAUGCUAUAAGAACAAGUGCAUUCUCUGUUUCUUUAUCUCUAUUACAUAAACAAUUUAUAGCAUAUCUCGGAUUUUUCUAUUUCGAGUUAAAGUUUGAAGGUAGUCUUGGCUGUAUUGCUAAUGUUAACGUGUAUGAUAUGCCGAAUGGCAAGUUCAGUUAAUCUGUCCUGUAAGCUUUUUCCCCCAUGGAAACAUUUUAUCAGAGUGUUUCUUGUAUUUACUGCA